AUGCCCGCCGCCAAGCGCACUGUCACUCUCGUCCCCGUUGAUGGCGAGGACACCAAGAUCAAGCUGGAGCUCGACUCGGACCAGGAAGAGAAGAAGCCCCAGCCAAAGGACACCAAGACCCCCGCCAAGCGUCCGGCUCCCGAGCCCAAGCCCACCAAGGAGCCCGUCAGGCGUGGCCGCCCUCCGGGACCAGUCAACCGUUGGACGUCGGACGAGUACAAGCUGGUCCACGCGCAGGUCAUCAAGAACGGCGCACGCAACUUUGACGACGGCAUUGUGCCCGGUCGUUCGGGUCAGCAAGUCAGGAAUGCCUGGGUCCAGGUCGUCCUCCCCACCUGCUCCAAGGCGCUCGAGGAGAAGGGUGCCAGGUAG